CAUAUAUCGAUUCGUCUUCCCCAUCUAUAAGCAUUACUGAUAGUGAAAGUGACCAAGCUGCUGCGACCCCUCCGUCUGAGAUGUUUUGCGAAGUCGAUGGGUCUCGUUACUCCGAUUGCCUCGAGUUGCCCUCGAGUGAUCCUCCUACAAGUCCAGCGCGACUUCAAUUCCAGAGCGACAAAUACGCAUACUCUAUGACUAUAUGCUCCGAUGCUCCCCCUGUAUCCACGGCGAUGCGACACUUUAUCAUGGAUUCUAUCCCUCCUAGUUCAGGACAAGACGUCCUGUUUCAAUUUCCUCGAGCCGAAAGUUUUUUUCGAUCCAUAUCAAUGCCAUCUACUCCUUUACGCCGGUAUGGCAUGUCGGCUUCUUCGCCAGGCUUUCAGCAAUUGUCUCGUGUGUAUUCGGCACCUUAUACUGAAUCCUGGGUAGAACAACAAUUGUCCUCUUCGCCUAGUCCCCUUCCAAAGAUCCCUCCUCUACCUGGCUGCGGCCUAUCACCUUCAACUCUUAAUGCUGAAGGAACACCAUUUGAUCGGCAUUUCAACUUGUCACAAUCGUGGCACAGCUCCGAUCCAGAUAUGUCUCCCAUAGCUAGAAGGAUGUCUGAUGACAAUACCACUGCGUCUCCACGUGAAAGCGGACACCUAUCUAAUCAGUCUUCUGGAGGAUCUUGUGUUCCAAGUCCGUGGUUGCUGAUGGAGAAGCUUCCUUCGUUAAAUUCCUCCGGUCAUUUUGCCUUCUCCCCAGGAUUCACUUCGAGUCCUGUCAUGCAUGUUAGCGAACGGUCUUUGUCCCCUGUGUCCUCUCUCUCUGCGCUCACCCCCCUUUCAUCUCCCGAGCGCCCCCUUAGCGGUAAUGUUUCCGGUGGCUUGUCUUACACUUCUUCACUAUGCUCGCCCACUUUUGGACAAAACUUGACCACUGCGCGACAUUCAAAAGACAACCGCGGGCUUGAUUCUACUUCUCGACGUUCGCUUCGUACUGCUAGUCGUGCGAUUCUCGUGCGGAGUCCCAAGCACCCCCUUACGGACGAUCACGAUGAGAAACAGGCUUCAUGCCGGACAAAACGCACAUGUACCUCUAGCGGCCCUACUGCUGUCGAUCUUACCUCUCAGACUCAGGAGCCCAAAUCUCUCUGCAUACCGUCACAGCGUCGCCUUCCCUCAGAGGUUUCUCGUCACCCCGAUUUUCCUUUAUUCUAUCGGCGUUAUCCUAUAAGCUCAUUUCUACAACUUGAUGCCGAGGAAGCUUCCCUUUUCAAUCGCUCCAAUCACCCUGGUGGUAUCUGUAACCCUCCACGCGAUCCACGAGAUCUGUAUACUCCCCGUUUUGUCAAAGGUAAGGGUAGGUCCAAGAUAGGACUAUGCCCGAUCUGCAUCGAAAGCCCUUUGCGCGGUGGACGGGGACAGAAAUUAUGGUUAUCAACAAAAUUCUCUGCGUUUAACUACCACAUGCAGUUUGCGCAUGGAGUGUCGGCGACGACUGGACGUCCAUUCUCACCUCCACUGUCGUACAGGACAAUUAGUCGCCACCACCCCCUCAAACUUGAGCGGUCGGAGAUUCUUGAAGGAAGGUGUCAUAAAUGCAAGAAGUGGGUCCCUGUCGAAAGUAUCAAAAAUUGCGAAGUGAAGGUCAAGGAACUGUUCUGGUGGAAACACGCUGCAACCUGCCACCAAGGAUCCCAGGUUCUAGGGGACGACGACUUCUAUGAACAAGACGAUGUGUUCCGUCGCUUAGAAGAACUCGGACUUUGAAAGUAUCGCUAUUCUCUUCUUGUUCUGGAAUAUGGACCGCGCUGGACUUUCAACUGUAUAUGUAUUGCGGUCGCUAUGUGGACAUCAUCGUAUACACGUGCUGUAUUUUGUUAUGGCUUGUAGUUAUAGUGCCGACAAGCUAGUCUGAAUGUAUUUUUUGGUCACUA